AUCCACUCCAGAUAACACCACCCUAGGCCCCGCUGGGAACACCUCCACCCCCGGUCCUUCAACACCACAGACCACGUCAGAAAGGAACAACGGAACCACAGCAGGUCUUCCCACCACUACCAGACCACCAGGAAUAGGCGAGUAACUUUAUUGAAUGCCUGAUUGUAAUUGUUCCUAUAAUGAGGCUGAUUUUGGUGAUGGUGGCGAAUUUUUUUGCAUGGACUCAUUAGGCAUGACCAGAGUCUUCCAAACGGCUAGCUAGACCUAUUGCUGAAGCUAGCAAGCUGGUCAUGUGUUUUUUUGGGGGGAGGCUUUUUAGGGGUGGACAUUUUUAGGUUGGAUACUUUCAAAGUCUAGCUUAUUCUUGAUGGUUUCUCCAUCUCGCCUCCUCUAGCUUUAAGUGUGCUGAGUACCUUCUCUUACUGUCAUUAGUGUGUCCUGCCGUCUCGUGCCCUCCUGACAGUGUUUGCCUGCAAGGGAUCUGUCAGUGCUUUGCCGGGCGCUUCAUGGUGAAUGGCACCUGCGAAAUGGCUCAAGUUUUCCCUGGAGAGCUUCAUAUCGUCAAUUUGGAGUUUAUGAACGAAAUGGCCAACAGUUCCUCGCAGAUAUUCCUGACCACCGCAGCCAAUAUUUCCAGUGCGCUCAGAGGAUUCUUGUGGAGCACGCCUGGAUAUAUUAGGACCGACGUUGUUGCUCUGGCGCGCGGAAGUGUGCUAGCAACAGUCAAUAACGUGUUCCAGAAUUCCAGCGCCACUCAAGAAUCCGUUAACGCUGCAAUCGACGACGGCAUCGAGAACUCCCCCCCAAAUGGAGUGUUCAUCAAUACCACAUUUACAGCAACUGACCUGUGUGCAAGGCUGCCUCCUGCCUGUGAUUCUUUGUCGACUAACUGCACGAGCCACAACGGGGUUGUAAAGUGUAUCUGUAAAGAAGGCUUCAUCCUAAACAACAUCUCUCUCAGGAACUGCAGCAGGAACAACACUUCAGAACCUGCUGGGAACACAUCGACACCGAGCCCUCCUAUGACAAGCCCAACCCCAGGCAACAGCACCCUAGACCCCGCCGGGAAUACCUCCACCUACGGUCCUACAACCACCCCGGCCACAACCAAUACGACAGAAAACAGCACAGACGUUACUGGGCCCUCUACUUCUCCGCCCGAAAAUUCAAACGCCACAACCGGCCCUCUUCCAACGUCUACCAGCCCAGGUAACACCACCCUAGGUAACACCACCCUAGGACCCGAGGGGAACACCUCCACCACCAGUCCUCUCCCAACAUCCACCCCAGGAAACACCACCCUAGGUAACACCACCCUAGGCCCCGAUGGGAAUACCUCCACAACCAACCCUCUCCCAACAUCCAGCCCAGAUAACACCACCCUAGGUAACACCACCCUAGGACCCGAGGGGAACACCUCCACCACCAACCCUCUCCCAACAUCCAGCCCAGGAAACACCACCCUAGGACCCGAUGGGAAUACCUCCACCACCAACCCUCUCCCAACAUCCACCCCAGGAAACACCACCCUAGGUAACACCACCCUAGGACCCGAGGGGAACACCUCCACCCCCAACCCUCUCCCAACAUCCACCCCAGGAAACACCACCCUAGGACCCGAGGGGAACACCUCCACCACCAGUCCUCCUCCAACAUCCACCCCAGGAAACACCACCCUUGGUAACACCACCCUAGGACCCGAGGGGAACACCUCCACCACCAACCCUCUCCCAACAUCCACCCCAGGAAACACCACCCUAGGUAACACCACCCUAGGACCCGAUGGGAAUACCUCCACAACCAACCCUCUCCCAACAUCCAGCCCAGGAAACACCACCCUAGGUAACACCACCCAAGGACCCGAGGGGAACACCUCCACAACCAGCCCUCUCCCAACAUCCAGCCCAGAUAACACCACCCUAGGACCCGAUGGGAACACCUCCACAACCAACCCUCUCCCAACAUCCAGCCCAGAUAACACCACCCUAGGUAACACCACCCUAGGACCCGAGGGGAACACCUCCACCACCAGCCCUCUCCCAACAUCCACCCCAGGAAACACCACCCUCGGUCCAGUUGGGAUCACCUCCACAACAAGCCCUCCAACACCAUCCUCAGGUAGCACCACCCAAGGCCCAGCUGGGAACACCUCCACCCCUGGUCCUUCAACACCACCCUCAGGUAGCACCACCCAAGGCCCAGUAGGGAACACCUCCACAACAAGCCCUCCAACACCUUCCUCAGGUAGCACCACCCAAGGCCCAGCUGGGAACAACUCCACCCCUGGUCCUUCAACACCACCCUCAGGUAGCACCACCCAAGGCCCAGUAGGGAACACCUCCACAACAAGCCCUCCAACACCUUCCUCAGGUAGCACCACCCAAGGCCCAGCUGGGAACACCUCCACCCCUGGUCCUUCAACACCACCCUCAGGUAGCACCACCCAAGGCCCAGCUGGGAACAACUCCACCCCUGGUCCUUCAACACCACCCUCAGGUAACACCACCCAAGGCCCAGCUGGGAACACCUCCACCCCUGGUCCUUCAACACCACCCUCAGGUAGCACCACCCAAGGCCCAGCUGGGAACAACUCCACCCCUGGUUCUUCAACACCACAGACUACGACAGCAAAGAACAACGGAACCACAGCAGGUCUUCCUACCACCACCACCACCACCACCACCACCAAAUCACCAGUAAUAGUGUGCCCUGCCGUCUCGUGCCCUCCUGACAGUGUUUGUCUGGACGGGAUCUGUCAGUGCUUUGCUGGGAGCUACAUGGUGGAUGGCACCUGCGAAACGGCUCAAGUUUUCCCUGGAGAGCUUCAUAUCGUCAGUUUGGAUUUUGUUGACGACAUGGCCAACAGUUCCUCCGAGAUAUUCCGGAAAACUUCAGCCAAAAUUUCCAGUGAGCUCAGAGGAUUCCUCGCUGACACGCCUGGAUAUGUGAGGUCCGAAGUUCUUUCCCUGGCGCGCGGCAGUGUGCUAGCAACGGUCAAUAACGUAUUCCAGAAUUCCAACGCCACUCAAAAAUCCGUUAACACGGCCAUAGUCGACGGCAUCAAGAACUCGGGGGGCUUGCUCAACGACACCAUAUUCACCGCCACCGAGCUGUGUUUAAGGCAGCCUCUUCCCUGUGAUUCCAUGUCUACUAAAUGCCAGAGCCUCAAUGGGGUUGCACAGUGUUCCUGUCAAGAAGGCUUCAUCCAAAACGUCUUCUCUAGCAAGAGCUGCAGCGCUUGUCCGAGUGGCACCAUGGCGGACCCCGUCAAGAGGACGUGCCCUCCAUGCUCAUUUGGAUAUGCUGGCAUCAACUGCAAUGAUUCAUCCCUACUGGCAGUGGUGGUGAUCUCUGUUGUGCUCGGGAGCGUUUUGCUCCUGCUGGUUCUGGGCCUGAUCAUCUGGAUGUGCUGCUUCAGGAGCUCCCCCAAGCAAAGCAGCAGUCCGUACCCAGCCAAGGAGCAGAUUCCGGGGUCCUGGGGCAUCCCGGGGGUCAUCCCCAUCCCCCGUGCCACCACCCAGUGGGACUCGAACCCGUCCAUCGAGAUGAGCGAGGGGAACGGCACCCAUAACCUGACGGAGCUGCCCAACAGCAGCACGGGGGGCAAAAGGGCUCACAGAGGAUGGAGGAAGACCGGAUCUUAUGACCUGGACCCAGCCAUGAGGACCUUCAAGGGGAAGAACCCCUCACGUUACUCCUACCUGGUGCAGGGCCACGAAAACCCCUACUUCCUAUCCGGAGAAGACAAGAAGACACAAAUGUAAAGGGAAGGCUUUCAGGCCACUGAGAGGAACGUCGUCUGAUGUCAGUUGAUAGGUCCUGUCACCGCGAGCUUUUGCGUUCUAUGUAGAUACAGACAUUUUUAACAAUUGAUUUUUAUAUUAUGUAUUAUUAUGAUAAAGGACGUUAAGUUGCUUAGUAAGGUUUAAGGCCGAAAACCAAAGAGCAGCAAUUCAACUAUUUUUUAUUUUAUUUUAUUUUAUGAGAUUAAAUUAUGUUCUUUUUAGGGUGUGAAACUAUGCUGUUUGUGACCACUAGAUGUCGCCAUUGCCCAGCUGUAGAGGACUCUUACGGAUAUGAAGAUUUGAUGAAAUGUUUCUGUACUAUUUAAGAAAUACCGUGGCCCUUUUCUACGUGAUUCUUAUGACAUCACCUGCACUUAACUUUUUGUGUUUAUUUUAUAUUUUUUCUGGGGAAAUUAAGUCAAAAAUUGAAUGUGAGUAUAUGGAUGGGAUAGGAGUAGUGGUCUUUUCUUGAGGAACUAUUUUAUAUGAAGUUAGAAAAAACAAUGAUACGAAUAUUAAACCACUAAAGGGGCUGGACUCCUGGUAAGGGGACUUUUCUAAAGAGUUUACGAAUCUAUGGCUCUGUGAAUUCUCUAUUUAUGUGCAUAAGCUUACCUGCUCAAGCUGCUGCGAUUGCAAUACGUGCCUGUUUACUGAUGUCUGUCUUAGUGAUGAAUAGAAACACAGAGUGCAUGGAUAAUGCCUGUCUCUAGGGUGUGCCAAUUAUCACCUGAGUCCAUUUUGUUAGGGUUAACCCAGAUUACAAUAUAUAUUUUGUAUAUUUGUGUGUGCGUUGUUUCCAGAGACAGAGCAUUAUUUCCUAUGAGUACGUAAACUUGACGUGAAUAAAGGACCUUUUUAGAAGAUCAUAUUUGUGCACAAUGACAAUAAAUUAAUAUAAAUGAAUCCGACCUGGUUUGAUAUAAUUUAGAUAGUUCGUUUAAAAAUACCGCCGAUCUCACCCACCUUUGCCUGUAUUCACCGUCACAUGUUAUCAUACACAUGCCGCGCAAAAUAACCGCUCUGAACGGACCG